AUGGCUGCUAUCGUAAACAACGUGGUCCAGCUUAUUGCUGAAGACAAUGUUGACGCCACUGACAGUGAGGCGGACCUCGAGAGCCUGCAGUCAGAGACAACGAGCAUCAAGGCGUCUAUGCUUGAGUGGCGCCAAGAGAAUGGCCGAACCUAUCAUAAAUACAAAGAUGGCAAAUACCUCGUUCCCAAUGACGAGAAAGAACUCGACAGACUUGACAUGCAGCAUGAGAUCUUUUAUCUCACGUUGGAUGGAAAGCUCGGCAUAACCCCUCCAUGUGAGCCUGACGCGAAAGUUGGUCGUGUUCUCGAUCUCGGCACGGGUACUGGACUGUGGGCAAUCGAUUUUGCAGAUCUGCAUCCCGAAGCUGAAGUGCUGGGCAUGGACCUUUCCCCCGUUCAGCCAACAGACGUCCCGCCUAAUGUCAAAUUCGAGAUUGAUGACAUCGAGGAAGAGUGGCUCUAUUCACAACCAUUUGACUACAUUCAUAGCCGAAUCAUCACCGGCGGCAUUAGUGACUGGAAGAAGAUGAUCAAGAAGGUCUUCGACCACCUCAAGCCCGGUGGAUGGUACGAGAUACAGGAGUCAGACAUGUCCCCGGCCGCCGACGAUGGGACCUUGACCCCAGAGAAGGCACUAUCUAGAUUCGGCGCUCUGGUCCGCGAAGCUUACGUGGUGAUGGGCGUGCCCCUGGUCCAUGUUCCUGAUCUGAAGGACGUCCUUGUGGAGGUCGGGUUCGAAGACGUAGAGCUGACCGUCUAUAAAUGGCCGACAAAUCCUUGGCCUAAAGACCCCAAGUAUAAGAGAAUCGGGGAGUGGAAUUAUCACAAUUUCGGCGGCGCGGUCGAGACUGUCUCCCUGGCGCCCCUGACCCGAGUUCAUGGAUGGACAAAGGAGGAGGUGCUGGUGUUCGCCGCCGAGGUGCGAAAGGAUCUCAGGGACCCAAAGGUCCACUCUUACUUUCCCAUCUAUACGCUUGUGGGAAGGAAGCCGUUGAAAGCGGCGACUUCGGCCGAGGCUUCAUCGCCUCAGUGA